AGUUUGUAACUGUAACAUAAUCGUGCUACAGCAAAACCAUUUUCAAUUGCCGGUUUCGUCUCGCAAUCAGUUCUUGUCGGAUUAAAUUAAAUAUUAAAUUUAAAACUUAUGCAGUUUUAAAUCGCAAAUAUAUGAACUAUGGCUGAUCAACAAUAUUCUCAGUACCCAGCUGCUGGGCAAACAGGAUAUUCUUAUGGAAGUUAUGGUGGUGAUUCUUCAUACCCCCAGAGUGGUUAUGGUAGCUCUACCGCAGCAAAUGCAUACAGUGGUACAUCAUCUACUGGUUGGAGUGGCUCUUCAGCACCAGCCAGCAGCACCAACUAUGGCUCAUAUGGGGGAGCAGACCAAUAUGGAUCAAGUCAACAGCAAUAUAAUUAUGGCCAACAACAACCAUCUUCAUAUUCUGCUGGAAGUUAUUCUGCUUCAGCUCCUCAAAGUCAAUCUGCAUAUUCAUCAUCUGGUUAUGGGUCUUACGGUGGUUCAGCUCCUACUGGAUAUGGUAGUCAACCACCAAGUGGUAGUGUAGGCUCUUCUGCAGCUCCUCCAGCUCCUGGGUAUGGUGCUGGAGCUCCUCCUAGUGGUGUAUCUUCAGUACCACCGAUUGGCGGGCCGCCCUCUCAGGCUCCUCCUGGACAUAUGCCGCCCCCUCCUAGUGGCUAUGGUGGUCCUCCUCCCAGUGGGGAUUAUAACCGACCUCCUGGAGGCUAUGGUGGCUCUGCACCUCCCGGUGGCCCUGGUUCAAUGAGUACUAGUGGUGAUGGAUAUGGUGGUCCUCCUAUGGGUGGUUAUGGUGGCCCUGGUGGUGGGGGUAGAGGUGGAUUUCAAGGAGGCCCUGGUGGUUAUGAUAGAGGAGGCCGUGGCGGAGGUGGAGGAUAUGGUAACAAAGGUCCUGGAGGUCGCGGAGGUUUCAACAAAGGUGGUAGAGGUGGCUUUUCUUACAAUGGCGGUGGUGGAUCAAACUAUGGAGGAGAGGAAAUACAAGACACAGUUUUUGUUUCUGGACUGCCUGAAGCUGUCAAUGAGGAUGAGCUUUCAAAUUAUUUUGGAGCCAUAGGUGUUAUUAAAUUAGAUAAAAAGACUGGAAAACAAAGGAUUUGGAUCUAUAAGGACAAAAUGACCGGAAAAGGCAAAGGAGAGGCCACAAUAACAUAUGAUGAUCCACCAACAGCUAGUUCAGCUAUUAAUUGGUUUGGAGGAAAAGACUUUCAAGGUAAAAAAAUAAAUGUGCAACUUGCACAGCGUAAAACUCCAUAUGGUGGUGGGCCUGGUGGAGGUGGCCGUGGAGGAGGAGGAGGUCGCGGUGGUGGUGGCGGCGGAGGUCGAGGAGGUGGUGGUGGACGCGGUGGCGGAGGCCGUGGUGGACGUGAUGAUGGUGGUCGAGGAGGAGAUAGGGGUGGCUCUGGUGGUUCUGGCAGAGAAGGAGACUGGAAAUGCAUGAAUCCUGAUUGUGGUAACAACAAUUUCUCUUGGAGAGUAGAGUGCAAUCGUUGCCAUGCUCCACGUCCUGAAGGUGUUGGAGGUGGUGCUCCACCUGAUGGUGGAUCAAGAGGACCUGGUGGUGGACGUGGCGGCGGAAUGCGUGGAGGCCGUGGUGGUGAUCGAGGUGGGCGGGGAGGAAGAGGCGGACCUCCUGGUGGAAGAGGUUUUGGUGGAGGACGAGGAGGCCCUGGUCGUGGUGGCCCAAUGAGAGGUGGUCCCGGUGGUGAUCGAAGACAAAGACCAUAUUAACUGGUAGCCUAGUUUAAGCAUUUUAUAUUUGUUUCAAUCAUCAAAUUGGACUUACCAUGUUGUAUACUCUACAACAUUUUCAUCAGUAACUUUCAUUUAUUGUACAUUUUAAUAAAAGUGUAAAUUUUCUUUA